AGUCGUGCAGUCCUUGCCCAUCGCACGCUCAAUUGCCUACGCAUCGUUCAUCUUAGCUUGCGCAAACCUUUAAAACCUCUUAUAUCAUGGCUAACACGUUCAAUGCUAUGGAAAUUGACCCCUCGCAUGCCGCGCACGCUUCCUCGGCACCGUCGCAGCACACGCUCGACAUUCCGCGACCCACGGAGCUGCCCCCGGGCGACCUUAUAACCCUCGACGUCGAUGGCCGUAAAUUCCGAACGCGAAAGUCGACUCUCCAGAAUUGCGGUUACUUCUCAGGCAUCUUAAGCGGGCGCUUCGCUAUAGAACUGCUGCCGGAUGGCUCGCUGCCCGUCGACGCAGAUCCAGACGUCUUCCCUACGCUGUUGAACUACCUCCGGACACCAUCGACAUACCCACUACUGUGGACUCAGGAGAAGGGGUUCGACUACGUAGGAUACAACAAGCUGCUGGCUGUAGCCGACUUCUUCGGUCUGGAGGACCUGAAGCAGUGGAUACAGAAAAAGACGUACCUCAAAGCUAUCACAACAUAUCAUAGAGUCCACGUCGGUCCAGCGUACACCGGUAACUGGUUCGACACAGUCCCCUUUCAGAUCGAAUCGUGGCCGAGCAAGGACCCUCGGAACUUGUCAAACAUCGAGAUACUACAGAGUUUUGUAGUUGGUGUGCCUAGCCAGGGUAGAUUUCUGUGUAACAGCCGCAACCCGGACCACUUUACAGCAGAAGACUGUUUAGAUGAAGGGCAAGAAUGUAUUCCGGAUGCGGACAACCUCACUUACUACAACUUUGAGAAAUUGGAGAAGAGUAUUGCGAAUGUUGUGAGGUGUGUGGUAUACAACGGUGAGGUGUGUUUAAGAGGAUAUACGGAGGAGGUGAAGCAUACAAGUGAGCACGGUAUAUCCUCGCCAUGAAACCAGCGCCCUCUAGAGCGAUCAACGCAAGCAUAGUAGUGUAUGGUAAAGUCGGAGAAUAACACUGUAUAGGCAGGGUACGCUCUCAACUAGCGACCGAAUAGACACUCCGUGGUCAUAAGAUUAAUCGCGGGAUGCAAGAAGAGGCUCGGAAGGCUUGCAACAACGGCACCAGAGCGCAACACAGCUGUUUGCUGCCUCGCCCCAAACCUUGUAUUAACUUCUGACUCGAAUCAUCCCGUUUGAUGCUGUCACUCACUCUGUUCCGUAACAAGACGUGAUACCUAGUCUAUUUCUCCUAGCUCCCUUCGCUUCACUCCUAGAGCAAAGAAAAGGGUAGUUAAAAGAUCUCAAUCUUCGCGACAACAAGAACCACAGGUUAUCCAAGCUUCGCUCUCAACGUGCACCGGCUAGAUGCAAGGCGUUGACGCUAACCCAUGCAAAGCUUAGAUCGACCCG